CACUCUCUUUCGCUUGCUCCUUUUUGCAGGGUUGAGCGCCCUGUUACAAGAGGUGCAGGCAAUCUUUCCGCCAUCCCGCUCGAACUUCCCCAUCCUCGCAUUUCCCACCAACACAAAUGACCACCCACGCACCCACCCCCUCCCCACUCACCCGCAAGAAACCAGGCAUCCUCAGCAGCAACACCGCCAGCGGUAAGAAACCAUCCCCACACACCCCAACGCCGACACCCCUAUCCGCCAAGAAACCGAAACCGACGAGCCGCAAGAAGGAGUGGGAUGCGACGACGCAGGAUUUGACGGCGUUGAAGUUAUCGCCGUUGCAGCAGAAACUCCGCGCCGCCAACUCCCUCAAAUACACCCACUCACACCGGCUCUUCGCCCCAACAACAACCCGCUACACCUUCGAACCCAUCGACAGCGAUCCGAAUCACAAGAGCAGCCCAUACCACGCCGACGACAUUGAGCUGCAGCCCGUCUCGUCCCGCCGCCAUUCUGAUGAAAACACAGACUUUGCGGAGAACAAGGAUCCAACGACGCCGCUGAAUGUGACGCAGACGAAGCAUGAGGAGGUGGAUUUUGAGACCGAGGUGCAGGUGUGGGAACGGACGCAUCGGGCCUUGGCUGAGCACAAACCCUCGCGGUCGGCGGGUACACGAAAAGUCCUGGCUGCCACGACAGAUCGACCCUCUGCCGCAGAGCUGAACAGACACGGCUCCCAGAACCGAAACAGGAGCGCUCCCCGCGCACGGAAAUCGCCCCCGCACGAGAUCCACAUCCCCCUCCAGCACCUCCGCCAAGCCACGCUGGGCAUGCGGCAUCUCGCUGAAUCGCUCUCGGCGCAGAUCGGGGAGCCCUUUGCGGGCGGCGACGACAUUCAUGACGAUGUCAGCGAUCAUGAUGAGGAGAAUAGGUCGGGUGAUGACGAAAACGCAACGGUGCCAAAACUCGCGGAAGCUCUAGCACUCGUGCGCGACGUGAGUAGUCGUGCGACGCGAUAUAUCGAGAAGCUACAACAAACAAACGAUAUGCAGACAGACGCCAUCCACACACUCCAAGCACGCUGCCAGGCGUUAGAAGCCCGGAUUACAGCCUUGGAAAAGUCCGCGACGGAAACCCACACAACCACCACCGAACUGCACCAGCAACUGAACGAGGAACGCGGGCGGCGUGAACGGGACGUGGGGCGGUUGGAGGAGCUGGUGGGGGUUGUGGUUGCAGCGGAGGAGGGGAGGGCGGCGGAUUGGGCUGUUCGGCAGGUUUUGGGGGGUGUGUGAGCGGAGGGGGUGAUUGUGGGGCGAGACGUAGGGAAUUAGUUGGUUUUUUUUUUUGGAAGGGGUUGUUUAGGAUCUUGCGGCGUAUGGAAGAGGAGGGAGUGAUGCCAUGUAUCAGAAAAUCAGUGAGAUGGAGAGUUUAGGCAGUGCUGUUGUUCUUACACACGGGCCGUCUAUUACAAUUUACAGGCCCCCCUGACAUGUGUAUGUGCAGUAGACGUAUACAAGGCAAAAGUA